AUGUCUAUCGUUAACGUGCUACUAGGCGUAGCUUUGGUGUGGAUGUCAGUCCUAGCGUGCUUCACAACACUCGCUACAUGUCCAUACAGCUACGUUACUAACAUCAUAGACCUAUCGGGUGGUUUGAACUCGGGUAUAACUGUUCUGCGAAAAACGGAUUUAGCCGACUGUCCAAAAAACGCCACUACCUUAAAUAUAUCAAGCAACAGUAUACAAACACUAGAUGGCGAUGUCUUUGACGACUUCUGGAAUCUUUUCAGUAUAUCACUAUCGUAUAACCAAAUCAGGUCCUUUCCUUCUGGGCUUCUGAAGAACAUGCGUAGUCUGAAGCAUUUUGAGGCCAACAACAAUGCACUGGAGGCUCUGGAAGAUGAUCUCUUUAUGGGCUUGUUGGACGUUCCUCUUGUCAACCUGGUUACCAUGGAUUUUUCCCACAACAACAUAAGUAAUAUUGGUUCAAAUGUGUUUCACGCAGAUAUGGCGUUAAUCCUGAACGUUGACCUGUCAUUUAACAGCCUGGUUUCCUUCGAGCCCUGGCCGUAUAUUCCACAGACCGAUCAGAAUGAUGGUGAUGAAGUUAUCUGGAAUUUUCAAAACAACUUCAUCGUUAAUUUCACAAACAACAUGAAUUGGGUGUACAAUCUAAUUGAAGAAUAUGAACACGAGAUAUACCUCCAGAACAAUCAGCUGAGCACAAUCAAUAAGGACAUGAUGAACAUAUACAAUCAUGGAUUUAUCGGGGACUACCUCUCUGAGUUUCUAACUUUCCAUCUAAAUAUAACACAAAAUCCUUUCUUCUGUGACUGUAAGCCCUAUGUAUAUGUUAAAGCACUACACGAGUCAGUCAUGUUUUAUCUACAAGUAGAUGAACACCGUUUCAUUUGUAAUGGUCCAUCCAAUCUCCAGGGUAUCGACUUCAUGCAUGAUUUAGAACUUGACGAAUUUCUCUGUAACCUGACUGAUAAUUGUCCUACAGGUUGCUUUUGUCAGGAACGUCCACAUUCACGCGAUCUCUUCGUGGACUGUCGAGAUGCGAGCAUAACGUCACUUCCGCUGAUGCUACCUCAUGCAACGUAUGGAAAUAUAUCACUUCAUCUGGACAACAACAACAUUAAGUAUUUGACAAAAACUAACUAUUCCCAUCAGAUAAGCAAUUUGACUGUUAGCAAUAACCAACUGACAUCUAUCGAUUCCAGCAUCAUUAUGGGUAUGAAAAAUUUAAAAUAUCUGAACUUGGAAAAUAAUGGAAUAAACUACAUUCCAAAAGAGCUACAGCUACUUGCCUUCUCCAACAUCAUUAUUUCCGGUAACCCCUUGUUAUGUGAUUGUAAUAUGACAUGGAUGGCAGAGUGGAUGAAUCUUUCUCCAGGUGCGAAAGAUUUGCAGGCCACGUGUGAUAACGACGGAGAAAGCCUCUCAAUAUCUACAAUCACUGAAGACGAUCUCAUCUGUAGCUACGACAAGAUCAUUAUAAUUUUGAGUGUGACGCUUGGCGUGGUAAUUGGGUUGGUUGCCAUGGUUAUUAUCACUGCAAAACGAUGUCCGUACGAGACCAAAGUACUCAUGUACAAAUUUUUCAACAUUCAUCCGCGAGACAAGUACAAAGUAGAUCAGGAGCCGAACAGAGAGCACGAUGCCUACAUCUCUUAUUAUCAAGGUGAGAAAAACGAGAGUUGCCAAGUGAGACAAUGGAUGAAAAAAGUAUUACUCAAAAAGCUUGAAAAAGCGUCAAAGAGGAGGUAUACUGUCUUUUGUUACGAACGGGAUUAUACAGCUGGUAGGUGGCAAGCUGAAGAAGUGAUGGAAAAUAUGGCUAAGAGUCGAAGAAUCCUGCUUAUUCUCUCACCCGAGUUCAUCGCAGACAAAUGGUGCACGUUCGAGGCAGAUAGGGCGGAGUAUGCACACAUCAAUAGCAACGGUGUUCAUGGUACGAUUAUAUAUAUAUUGUGGAACAAACAAAUGCGUUUUCAACUCGAGAGUGAGCCGUGGAAGUCGCGGCUGAAAGAUAAAACUGUCUUGUGCCCCGACGAUAGAUUGUUCUGGUCUAAAAUAAGGUAUGAACUUCCGGUAAAAACGAUGAGGAUAGUAAGAAGGAACGAAACUAUGCCAUUCAGUAACGGUAUAACUAAAGAAGAGGAUAACGAAAUUGUGAAUAAUAGACAAAAUGGUAUGAAGGGCACUACUUUUCCGGCAAGCACAGAUUCUCUAGACCCAUCUGUAGUGAUAGUCGAUGAAACCAGUGUCGGAAUAGAAGUAUCUCAAAAUAUAUAA